AGCCGAGCCGCAGCACGAACCCCCCUCCCCGAUCCUCCCCGAUCCUCCUCCUUCAGUCGUGGUGCAAGCGAAGUAGCAGCCAUGUUACCGCGGGCUUGUUCCGGUAUCAGGGCAGGAUCGUGCGCAUAGACUGCAGCAGCUCCUCGCCUCUCCGUGACUCUCUUGACAAGAAACCCUCCAGUUUACCGAUAAUGGAUUUUUACAACUUGAUGACCCUGUCUUCAAUCGGCUGCUCGCGGGGAUAACAGCAGUCGGUGUAGCGACAGGACGAGCUGGUAACGUUAACGUUACACCGCCUCACUGCAGUGCAGCAGCGGUGAACGACCUUAUUCCAAUCACGCAACCGAAGGAAGAGAGCCGGUGAUUUCCGUGGAUGUUGAGUUUUGUGGGUCGCUGUGUGGCCGCUGGAGGAUCAGCUAACUAGCUUUCCUUCGAGAGAAACACUGAAUUAGCUACACGGCCUGUUAGCUAGCGCCACAAAUUAACUCUCACCUGCCAUGUUACCGUUUUUACACGGUGCUGCCGUUUUUAUUUCGUGGAUACCCCUCCUCACCUGGAUAUCUCUUUGGGAACAUUUUGACUUGUUUUUGGGCGAGUUGGCGAGAAGCUCGAAACCUCGCCGGGAAUAAAACUUUGGCCUGAAAGUUUGUAGAGCCCCUCGGACCUGGCUUCAAAAGCUUCAAAAGGAAAAAAAACAUCUCUGUAACAACAGAGAGAAAACAAGAGAGAAAAAAAGGCGACGAGCCCGCGUUAAAGAAAACGACACACCGGAUAAAUAUUUGGUGUAGAUUUUGGCGACAGACGUUGGUUAGCAGUCUUUACUGGUUAGCAUGCUAGCCACCUAAUUGAACCGUGUCUUGUUCAAUGCAACCGUUGCCCAACUUUUCCUCAAGCUAGCUGGCUGUCUUCGACGCUGUUAAACGCAAAUUGUGAACUGAAUGUUUUCAAAAAAUAAAGAGGACAUUUGCUUUUUUUUUCCUGUUUUGUGCUUGUUGACAAACAUGGGACGUGCGGUUGCUGCGAGCUAGUUUCUAGCUAGCUAACUUGGCUAGCCGCUGAUGUGGGAUUCAACUUGUUGAUUCACGGGCUAUCUGUCGUUGCUGCUGCUAGCUGGCUGGCUAGCACUGUUGGCAAUUUCUCUCUACCACCAGCUACAAAAGUUUUAAAUGCACAGUAGACACUGAAGAGUGGCUUUUGUUUCACUGUUCCUUUCCCCCUUUUUUUGGCAACUCUCAAGUCUUUGAAAAAUGUCAACAAGGAUCCCGCUGGUGCAAGUCAUAGAAAAUUCAGCCGGGCAGGACUCCAAGUCAUCAUCUGGCCGCUCCAGCAUGCCGCGAUGUCGGAACUCCGUUGCCACAACCACAUCAGAUGACCAGCCGCACAUUGGUAACUAUCGGUUGCUGAAAACCAUUGGCAAGGGCAACUUCGCCAAGGUCAAACUGGCACGACACGUCCUCACCGGAAAAGAGGUGGCUGUAAAGAUCAUUGAUAAGACACAGCUCAACUCCUCCAGUUUGCAGAAGCUCUUCCGGGAGGUGAGGAUCAUGAAGAUGUUGAAUCACCCCAACAUAGUCAAGCUCUUUGAGGUGAUAGAGACAGAGAAGACUUUGUACCUGGUAAUGGAGUACGCUAGUGGAGGAGAGGUCUUUGAUUACUUGGUGGCCCAUGGCAGGAUGAAGGAGAAAGAAGCCCGUGCCAAAUUCAGACAGAUUGUGUCAGCGGUGCAGUAUUGCCAUCAGAAGUGUAUAGUACACAGAGACCUCAAGGCGGAGAACCUGCUGCUGGAUGCAGACAUGAACAUCAAGAUAGCGGACUUUGGCUUCAGUAAUGAGUUUACUCUGGGGAACAAGCUGGACACGUUCUGUGGCUCCCCACCCUACGCUGCCCCGGAGCUCUUCCAGGGCAAGAAGUACGAUGGGCCUGAGGUGGACGUCUGGAGCCUGGGGGUGAUCCUCUACACACUGGUCAGCGGCUCGCUGCCCUUUGAUGGACAGAAUCUCAAGGAACUGAGAGAGCGUGUGCUGCGUGGCAAAUACAGGAUUCCCUUCUACAUGUCCACCGACUGUGAGAACUUGCUCAAGAAGUUCCUCAUCCUGAACCCCUCCAAAAGAGGCAGCCUCGAGCAGAUAAUGAGGGACCGGUGGAUGAAUGUGGGCUACGAGGAGGAGGAACUCAAACCCUACAUCGAACCACAACCAGAUUAUAAGGAUCCCAGGAGGACAGACAUCAUGCUGCAGAUGGGAUUCUCUCAGGAGGAAAUCCAGGACUCACUGGUGAACCAGAAGUACAAUGAUGUGAUGGCUGCAUACCUGCUACUGGACUAUAGGAACUCUGAGCUGGAUGAAGGUUGCAUCAAGCCCCGGCCAGGAAGUGAUGUAAGCAACAUAAACGCCCCCUCCCAGUCUCACAAGGUACAGCGCAGUGUGUCGUCCAACCAGAAGCCUCAGAACCGCAGAGCUACUGACCAGGGCUCCUCCUACUCUAAGAGGGGGGGCCAAGGAGACAACCGGACUGCAGUGGAGGAUUCUGGGAGGAAGGGUUCAUCAGGCAGCUCCACUACCAAGGUGCCAGCCAGCCCUCUGGUCUCAUCCGACCGCAAGAAGAGCGCCACGCCCUCCACCAAUAGCAUCCUGUCCACCGGCACUGGUCGCAGUCGGAACUCUCCUCUGACUGAGAGAGCUACGCUGGGCCAGGGCAUCCAGAACGGCAAGGACAGCCUAAACACUCCGGGCUCCCGCGCCUCCACUGCCUCGGCCGCUGCCGUCCUCUCCUCCUCCUCCUCGCGUCCCCGCCACCACAAGUCCCUGUCUUCCUCCAAUCAUCCAUGCCCCUCUGACCUGCACGCACCAAGGCCCAGCGCACCACCUCAGCGGGCACCCGGUGCCUCCCCAUCUGCCCACAACAUCAGCAGCGCUGCCGUGACAGACCGUACCAACUUCUCCCGAGGGGUGGGCAUCCGCAGCACGUUCCACGCAGGCCAGCAGCGAGGUGCCCGGGACCAGCAGGGCUCCGCCUACCCUGGCGGGCCCGCGUCCCCGUCACUGUCACAUGGCAACAGCCAGGCCCGGAGGACACAUGGCGCCACAGGGAUUUUCAGCAAGUUCACAUCAAAGUUUGUACGCAGGAGUCCGUAUGAGGGAGAGGGUCGGGAUGAGGGGAGCAGGUCCAUGCUGAGCAGUACGGUGGACAAGUCGGAGAAGACAUCCGGCGGUGUUCUCUCCUCUUCUUCCAACAACGAUGAGAACAACUCCUCACCAGGAUCUGGUAACACUGGUGGCACCGGCACACCUCCGGCCAUCGCCAGCCAGAAGGACUCAGCCAAACCGCGCUCGCUGCGCUUCACCUGGUCCAUGAAGACCACGUCGUCCAUGGAGCCCAUGGAGAUGAUGCGCGAGAUCCGCAAGGUGCUCGACUCCAACAGCUGCGAGUACGAGCUGCGCGAGCGCUACAUGCUGCUGUGCGUGUCGGGCAACCCGGCGCGCGACGACUUCGUCCAGUGGGAGAUGGAGGUGUGCAAGCUGCCACGGCUCUCCCUCAACGGCGUGCGCUUCAAGCGGAUCUCGGGCACGUCCAUCGCCUUCAAGAACAUUGCCUCAAAGAUUGCCAAUGAGCUCAAAUUGUGAGUGCGAAGGAGCAGCGAGGAGAGAUGAGAUUAAAGGGUGGAGGUGGGAGGGUGAAGAGGGUUAGAGCAGGGGUGGCGAGGAUGAAGAUGAUGCUGUAAGCGGGGUGGGGGCACUGUGGAGGUCAGGAGGUAAGCUAAAGGGUGGGAUCACUUUUAAAAUAACGCGAUUGUUGUCGACAAAGGUCUGAAGUAGGGCUAUCGGUUCUCUGAGACUAGAAAAUGUUACUUUUCUAGAAGUUUUUGUUCCUUAAGUUCCCGAGGCCCUGCGUUUAGAAACUCUGAUUUCCUCUGAGUUGUGAAGUACUUACAGACCGAGGUCUUCUCUCUCCCUGCGGGGAUUUUUUUUUUUUUGUCACGUUCUACUUAGACGUUCCACUCUUCUGCAUGUCCGAUCUGCUCUCUGUUUUUUUUAGGAGUCUCACUUUGAUCACUUUGACCACUCCUGUCACUUCCUGCUGUUUGUUCAGUUUCUCUUGCACGGUUCUGCUGCCAGGUCUUUUGGGGGAGGAGGGAAACCGGGUGAAUAUCGGGGUUGGAUGGAGGACAAAGAGAGCGAAGAAAUGCUGAAAAAAAACAAAAAAAAAACAACUUUCUCUCUGAAUCGCUGAAUGAUUGACAGAAAAGUUCAGGUUGGAAUAUGGAGCCUUAUUUUGCUG